ACUUCCCAGAACGAUUUUGCUCCUGGGAGUAUCCUCCGCCCUUCCCUGUAUUGGUCUACACCCUACAGCACAUUCCUUUGCCUUUCUCUGGGAAUGACUUUCCUCUUUGAGAAACGGCUUCCCUUUUUGCAGAAAGUAAAAGGUGCAGAUCGGAAACCUUCAGAUAGAAAACGUAACGGGUCUUUUUUUUUCGUUUUCUGUUCAUGUGAGGAGAUCAGUGAGUUGAAUUUUGCUAUCAUUGACCCAAACCAUUUCUCUGUCAGAAGAGAUACUUUUAUUUAAGUUGAAACGUCAUAACGUGUUAGAGCUGUUGUUUAAUACAUGGCUCAUAGAUCAAGGGAAGAUUAUUUGAAUUUGUCUCCAUGCAUUUUUACUUGGUACCAUACGUUUUCUGAAUUGGCAUUUGAUGGAGAAAAAUUCAGUCGUUCAGCAUCUGAGGAAGCUUCUGGUUCUGACUCAGGCAGCCAGUCGGAGAGCGAGCAAGGCAGCGAUCCGGGAAGUGGCCAUGGCAGCGAGUCCAAUAGCAGCUCCGAAUCUUCAGACAGUCAGUCAGAAUCCGAGAGCGAAUCGGCAGGUUCCAAAUCCCAGCCAGUCCUGCCAGAAGCCAAAGAGAAGCCAGCCUCUAAGAAGGAACGGAUAGCAGAUGUGAAGAAGAUGUGGGAAGAAUAUCCUGAUGUUUAUGGGGUUAGGCGGUCAAACCGAAGCAGACAAGAACCAUCACGAUUUAAUAUUAAGGAGGAGGCAAGUAGCGGGUCUGAGAGUGGGAGCCCAAAGAGAAGAGGCCAGAGGCAGCUGAAAAAACAAGAAAAAUGGAAACGGGAGCCCUCGGAAGAUGAACAGGAGCAAGGCACUAGUGCAGAGAGUGAACCGGAGCAAAAGAAAGUGAAAGCCAGAAGACCUGUCCCCAGAAGAACAGUGCCCAAACCUCGGGUUAAAAAGCCUCCUAAAGCUCAGCGUGGAAAGAAAAAAAAGCAAGAGUCUUCUGAUGAUGAUGAUGAUGACGACGAAGCUCCCAAAAGGCAGACUCGUCGCAGAGCAGCCAAAAACGUUAGUUACAAAGAAGAUGAUGAUUUUGAGACCGACUCAGACGACCUCAUCGAAAUGACUGGGGAAGGGGUUGAUGAACAGCAGGAUAAUAGUGAAACUAUUGAGAAGGUCUUAGAUUCCAGGCUCGGGAAGAAAGGAGCCACUGGCGCUUCUACUACCGUAUACGCGAUUGAAGCGAAUGGAGACCCCAUUAGUGACUUUGACCCUGAGAGGGAUGAAGGGGAAGUCCAGUACCUCAUCAAGUGGAAGAGUUGGUCUUACAUCCAUAGCACGUGGGAGAGUGAAGAAUCCUUGCAGCAACAAAAAGUGAAGGGCCUAAAAAAACUCGAGAACUUCAAGAAGAAAGAGGAUGAAAUCAAACAAUGGUUAGGGAAGGUUUCUCCCGAAGACGUGGAAUAUUUCAACUGCCAACAAGAGCUGGCUUCAGAGUUGAACAAACAGUAUCAGAUAGUAGAACGAGUGAUAGCUAUGAAGACAAGCAAAUCUACAUUGGGUCAAACAGAUUUUCCAGCUCACAGUCGAAAGCCAGCACCUUCAAAUGAACCUGAGUAUCUAUGCAAAUGGAUGGGACUGCCCUACUCAGAGUGCAGCUGGGAAGACGAAGCCUUGAUUGGAAAGAAAUUCCAGAGCUGCAUCGACAGCUUCCAUAGUCGGAACAACUCAAAAAGCAUCCCGACCAGAGAGUGCAAGGCCCUGAAACAGAGGCCACGAUUUGUGGCUUUAAAGAAACAGCCAGCAUAUAUAGGAGGGGAAAACCUGGAGCUUCGCGAUUAUCAGCUAGAAGGUCUCAACUGGCUUGCUCAUUCCUGGUGCAAAAGUAACAGUGUAAUCCUGGCUGAUGAAAUGGGCCUAGGAAAGACCAUCCAGACCAUAUCAUUCCUCUCCUACCUGUUCCACCAACACCAGCUGUAUGGCCCCUUUCUUAUAGUCGUCCCUUUAUCCACCCUCACCUCAUGGCAGAGGGAGUUUGAAAUCUGGGCACCAGAGAUUAACGUAGUGGUUUACAUAGGUGACCUGAUGAGCAGAAAUACGAUACGGGAAUAUGAAUGGAUUCAUUCUCAGACCAAAAGGCUGAAGUUCAAUGCACUCAUAACAACGUAUGAGAUUCUAUUAAAAGAUAAGGUUUGAGUUCUGGGAAGAUUUUGAAGAAGAUCAUGGGAAAGGGAGAGAGAAUGGCUACCAGAGU